AUGCCAUCUCCUCAAUCAUCAGCACGUGACACUCCCCCACCUACAGCAUCCUCUCUUCCAUCUUCAUCCUCCUCCUCCUCUUCCUUCCUGACCACCACCCCAACACCCGUCCUCCGUUUCCUCACCGCCUACGGUCCUCUCAUCCACGCCCUCUCAUGGGCGAGGGACGUUUACCUCUGGAAAGAAGGUCGGAAGAGCGAUGCCCUCAUCCUCCUUGUUGGAUGGUGGGGUCUGUGCUGUGGUCUAGGGGCGUUUAUUCGGUAUGCCCUCCCCCUGGUGUUGUUAUACUAUUUGCACCCCGUACCACUGGACGUCACCAUCCUCUCCCGUAUCCUGCUUCUCAACAUCCCCGCCCCUCCCCCGACCGUCCAAAGCAGGAAAUCCGCCUCCCCAGCAACACUCAGUAAGACUCUUUCUCUCCUCUCCCUGCUCCCGCAGCCUCCAGUACUCUCCCUCUCCACGCUCAGCUCCGGAAGUCAGAAGCUAGAAUGGGCAAAAGCACUCCGAGCAGUAGGGAUUAUCUACCCUUUCUGGCUGGUGUUCACCUACUUCGUCCCCAUCCCCAUCCUCUUUGCCCUCGCAGGCACCCUUCUCCUAACCUGGCAUGCACCCUUCUCUCUCGCCACCCGCCAGAUCCUCCUCUCCUCCGGCCUGGUCCAGUACGCAUUCGCGCGCGCCUGGGCGCUCCUAACGGGUAGCCACGUGCCCCUCGCCCCUCUCCCACCGAAGAAAGACAGUCCGAAGAUGUUCAAAGUCUCCUUUGGGGGGAAGGACAAAGCUGACGAGGAGGGAGAAAAGCUGGGGGAGAUGAGCGUCCCGCCUAUGAGGUUCAGGUUUGACGUCUGGGAGAAUCAGCGUUGGUGGAUGGGUUUGGACUGGACGACUGCGCUCCUCCCUUCCGACCCGGCGCCAUACACUACUGCCCUGCCCUUGCCCUGCCCCUCCGCACCAGCCCCGUCGCCCAGCACGCUCCCCCUUCCCUCGCCCUCUCAGACCGUCCUCCCGCACCCCUCCUCCCCCGACCUACAGGUAGUGCGCAAAGCACUCUGGACAUGGGAGGACCCGGACUGGCGCGUCUUAGUCCGGAAAGAGGGAGGUGGGGUGGAGAGCUUGCCCUUGCAGUUGCCGGAGCUGGAGGAGGGAAAAGGAGCCAAGGGGCGUGUGGAAGAAGUCAUCAAGCGCGCUAGGGGACGGACGGGGAGUGUCAUUGACCCUCCGGCGAGUGCUGGUGCAGGCGCUGCUACGGCUGGUGUGGGGGAAGCGCAGCAUGUGGAGGAUGAAGACGAGCCUGGGUCUAGGAGGGAGGACACGGACGAAGCGCUGGAGACGGACGAGAAUGGUUGGGUGUAUUGUGAUAAUAAGUGGCAGGGAAGGGGGAGUAAAGGCGGGAUGGGCAAGUAUACUAGAAGCAGACGAUGGACCCGAGUCGCCCUGUGUCACGAGACAGUCGAGAUCGUACGCGCCGCUCCCGGCGUCCGAGUCCCAUCUUUCACCACAAGCUGCAGCGCCCACACCCGUCCAAGCAGCAGUACGAUCAACAGCUCUAGCAGCGGCCCGAACGCCAAUGCAGACAAGCAGUGGCCGGCAUCGCCCAGUCUCCCUAUACCUUCCCCGGCGCAUGCUACUCCUGGCUUUCCCGCUGCGGCUAACUCUGGCUAUCCGACUUCGGCUACGACGCCGUACAACCUCUUCUCGGCAUUUACCCAGCCCUCCUCUCCGUCUAUCUCUCAACCCCAAGUCCAAGUCCAAGUCCAGCCGCUACCUCAGAGUCAGACGUCCCCCUCACCAACGGCAGACCCCUGGGCGCGGGGCGAGCUCGAGCCUCCGCCCGCUGUGCACCGGAGGAGGGAGAGCGAGGACCGGCCGACGAGAAGGAGCUUGGACGUCUUUCCCCCUAACUCUGGGGCUGGAGGGGGGGAGUGGAGGAGGAGAGAUAGUUUGGAUGCAUAUGCUCUAGGGGGCGGGAACGGGAAUGGUGGAGGGAGUGGGAAUGGAAAUGGAGGUAACGGGGGUGAGGGGCAUGAGGAGAGACAGGGACUGAGAGCGAGGCUGAAGGGGGUUGUUCAGAAGGGGACGUAGGGCUGUAAGGUGGUGGAAAGAAGGUGAGUAUGUACUAUAUAUAGCUUGCACUUGCGUUUGCGUUUGCGUUUGCGCUGUUGUUGUUCUUGGUCUUAGUAUUUAUUCU